AGAUAAAGAUUUAUUCAGCUUCAGUUCAUCAUCAGAUUUUCGCGAAGAACGUUUCAAAAAAUUUUUAUUUCAAAAAUGAAUAGUUUCAGGCAUAUUUUAACGCAUAAAGGAUCCUCCUCGAUUGCUACAAGAUGUGCCCGAAAUUUUUUAACAACGUCGAAACAAUUCCAAUCCACCGAAGCUGCCGUUUCCGGUCAUUUACCGGUAACGUUUUUAAGCGAUGAUGAGCAAAUGAUGAAGGAAACUGUUUCUAGAUUAGCAAAGGAACAGAUUGCUCCUCACGUGAGGGAAAUGGAAAAUAAUCACAAAAUCAAACCGGAAGUUCUUAAAAUGUUAUUUGAUAACGGGCUAAUGGGAAUUGAAAUUGAUAACGAAUACGGCGGAUCUGGUUGUAAUUUUAUGACCGCCGUUCAAGUUGUUGAAGAAAUUUCGAAAGCUUGUGCCGGAGUUGGAGCUUUAGUAGACAUCCAUAACACUCUAUCAAAUCCGGUGAUGCAAAAUUACGGUACAAAAGAGCAAAAGGAAAAGUAUUUGCCAAGGAUGGCUACCGAUAUGGUAGCAAGUUUCGCAUUAACGGAGCCAUCGUCGGGAUCAGACGCUUUCGCUUUAAAAACGACCGCAAAAAAAGAUGGAAAAGAUUGGGUUUUAAACGGAAGUAAAAUGUGGAUAUCUAAUUCCGAUUUAGCAGGAGUUUUCUUAGUUUUCGCUAACGCAAAUCCAUCAGCUGGUUACAAAGGAAUAACUUGUUUCAUCGUUGACAGAGACACCCCGGGUUUUACCGUAAACAAACCAGAAAAUAAAUUGGGAAUUUGUUGUUCGGGAACUUGUAUGUUAACAUUCGAUAAUGUUCGUAUACCUGAGUCUAAUAUGCUCGGCGAAUUCGGGCAAGGUUAUAAAAUUUCAAUCUCCGUUUUGAACGAAGGAAGAAUUGGAAUUGCAGCUCAAAUGUUGGGUUUAUCCCAAGGAUGUUUUGACGCGACGAUUCCUUACACGCUGGAACGUCAACAAUUUGGCCAAAACAUUUUUAGCUUCCAAGGGAUGCAACAUCAAAUUGCCGAUAUUGCUACUCAAAUUGAAUCGGCUCGAUUAUUAACGUACAACGCCGCCCGACUAAAAGAAGCCGGAAAACCGUUCAUUAAAGAAGCCGCUAUGGCUAAAUAUUACGCUUCGGAAGUUGCUCAAAGGGUUACGAUUAAAUGUAUUGAUUGGAUGGGCGGAGUUGGAUUCACUAAAGAUUUUAUCCAAGAGAAAUAUUAUAGAGAUUGUAAAAUCGGGAGCAUUUAUGAAGGCACUACUAAUAUGCAAUUAUCUACGAUUGCUAAAAUGAUCGAAAAGGAAUACAAAUAAGCAAUUAUUUUUAUAUUAGAUUUUAUAAGAAGAAAUUAAUACUUAAGAUUAAUUG